AUGAAGAUAGAAAAAAAUAUCCUGUGUUAAAGAUUAUAUUGUCUGAAGUUGUUCAUCUCACUAUCGAUCCAAGCAAUUUACUGAUAUUUCCUAUUCUGAUAAAUAUGACAGCUGUCGCAAUUGAAAUUUCUCAAAUUGAAUCUGAUAACAUCAUUUUAACUGUAGAAACAAAAGAUUAUGUAGAUCAAGAUUAUAUAACUCAAAAAUUAGAAUAUUACCACUUGAAGUCUGCUCAACACCUUGCUCCAACUACCUCUUCUGUUAAAGCAGGAUCUGUUCUCUUCAUCAGUAUCAAUUUGAAAACACUAGCUAAUCUUUCUUGGCUAAAUGAAACUCCAAUUAAUAAAUCAAACAAUAAACCUACAUUUCUGAAUCAAGUUUCAACUAAUAAACUGAACACUAUAACUAUGCUCCUUAAUGAAAUUUCAACUGAUAAAUUAGGUACUGAAGUCAUAAUUCAAAAUGAAUCUCUAACUAAUGAAUCAAGUGCUGAAACUGCAACCCAAAAUGAACCUCUAAAUGAAGAAUCAUGUACUGAAACUACAACCUGA